AUGCAAACUAGUGACAUGAAACCGACAACGUGCCAUUUCCGCGUAGAUUUAUUAUGGGGUGGGAGAUUGAUACCGACAUGUCUUAUCAUUCUUCCGAUUUAUGUUCCUUUACUCAGUACUUCUUCGCAUCUCUGGGACACGAUUUCUAAUAUUUUAAGGCCUUUUGCUUUGAUCUAUCACUUUCUCUCUUAUUCUGUCUCUCUCACACACACACAUUUUCUUUCUCUUUCUCUCUCACUCUUUCUCUUUCUCUCUUUGUCUUUCUCUCCCUCUCUUUGUCUUCCUCUCCCUCUCUUUGUCUUCCUCUCCCUCUCUUUGUCUUUCUCUCCCUCUCUUUCUCUUCCUCUCUUUGUCUUUCUCUCUCACUCUUUCUCUUUCUCUUCCUCUCCCAACUGUUUGUCUCUCUUCCUCGCUUUGUCUUUCUCUCUCUUUGUCUUUCUCUUCCUCUAUUUGACUUUCUCUCUCUCUUUUUCUUUCUCUUCUUCUCUUUUUCUUUCUCUCUCACUCUUUCUCUUUCUCUUCCUCUCCCUCUCUUUGUCUCUCUUCGUCACUUUGUCUUUUCUCCCUCUCUUUGUCUCUAUCUUUCUCUUUUUGUCUUUCUCUCCUUCUGUUUGUCUUUCUCUUCCUCUCUUUGUCUUUCUCUCUCACUCUUUCUCUUUCUCUUCCUCUCCCUCUCUUUGUCUCUCUUCCCUCUUUGUCUUUCUCUCUCACUCUUUCCAGUUCUCUUCCUCUCUUUGUCUUUCUCUCUCUCUCUCUCUCUUCCUCUCUUUGUCUUUCUUUCCCUUUUUGUUUUCUCUUCCUCUCUCACUCUUUCUUUUUCUCUUUGUCUCUUUGUCUUUCUCUUCCUCACUUUGUCUUUCUCUCUCACUCUUUCUCUUCCUCUCCCUCUCUAUGUCUCUCUUCGUCUCUUUGUCUUUCUCUUUCUCUUUGUCUUUCUCUUCCUCUCUUUCUCUUCCUCUCUUUCUCUUCCUCUCUUUCUCUUCCUCUCUCUCUUUGUCUUUCUCUUUUUCUUUCUCUCUCACUCUUUCUCUUUCUCUUUGUCUCUUUGUCUUUUCUCCCUCUCUGUCUCUGUCUUCCUCUUUUUGUCUUUCUCUCUCUCUCUUUGUCUUUCUCUUCUCUUUUUCUUUCUCUCUCACUCUUUCUCUUUCUCUUCCUCUCCCUCUUUUUGUCUCUUUUCGUCUCUUUGUCUUUCUCUUUCUCUUUGUCUUUCUCUUCCUCUCUUUGUCUUCCUCUCUCUCUUUGUCUUUCUCUUCUUCUCUUUUUCUUUCUCUCUCGCUCUUUCUCUUUCUCUCAUUGUCUUUUCUCCCUCUCUGUCUCUGUCUUCCUCUUUUUGUCUUUCUUUCCUUCUGUUUGUCUUUCUCUUCCUCUCUUUGUCUUUCUCUCUCACUCUUUCUCUUUCUCUUCCUCUCCCUCUCUUUGUCUCUCUUCCCCUCUUUGUCUUUCUCUCUCAAUCUUUCCAUUUCUCUUCCUCUCUUUGUCUUUAACUCUCUCUUUGUCCCUCUCUUUGUCUUUCUCUCCCUUUUUGUCUCUCUCUUCCUCUCUCACUCUUUCUUUUUCUCUUUGUCUCUUUCUCUUCCUCUCUCUCUCUCUCUCUGUCUCUCUUCCUCUAUUUGUCUUUCUCUCUCACUCUUUCUCUUUAUCUUCCUCUCCCUCCCGUAUUUCGCUGUUUCCACCUCUGCCUCUCUCUCCCUCAAUCUCUUUUUCUACCUCUCUAUCUGUGUCGAUCUAUCUUCCCCCUCUCUAUCUCUAUCUCUCUCUUUCUCUCUCACUAUCUAUCUAUCUAUCUAUCUAUCUAUCUAUCUAUCUAUCUAUCUAUCGUUUUAUGUCGUUUCUUUAAUCUGUGCAUAUCCUGCCUCUUUCUCAUUUUCAUAUCUUUCUUUUCCUUUUACAUCAACAAUUUACUCUUCUCAAUUUUCAUCCUUCUGUAUCUCCCAUUACAGUGAAUUUCUCUCACCGGCUUCCUUUUUUCUUUUCUUUUUUUUUUUUUUUCUCCCAUUCCUUGUAUUUCUUCCUCUUUUUUCCCUGAAUAUAUGUUUCUUUUUUUUAUUAAUUUUCCUUCCUUCCUUCAUCCUUCCUUCCUUCCUUCCUUCCUUCAUUCAUUCAUUCAUUCCUUCAUUCAUUCAUUCAUUCCUUCAUUCAUUCAUUCCUUCAUUCUUUACUUCCUUCCUUUCUGCCUUCAUUCCUUACUUCCUUCUUUCAUUCCUUUCUUCCUUCCUUCCUUCCUUCCUUCCUUCCUUCCUUCCUUCCUUCCUUCCUUCAUUCCUGCCUUCCCUCCUUCAUUCCUUCAUUCCUUCCUUCAUUCUUUCAUUCCUUACUUCCUUCCUCCCUUCCUUCAUUCCUUACCGCCUUCCUUCAUUCAUUCCUUCAUUCUUUACUCCCUCCCUUCCUUCCUUCCUUCCUUCCUUCAUUCCUUCCUCCCUUCCUUCCUUCAUUCCUGCCUCCUUUCCUUCAUUUUUUCAUUCCUUACUUCCUUCCUUCCUUCAUUCCUUACAUCCUUUAUUCCUUCCUCCCUUCAUUCAUUCCUUCCUUUAUUCCUAG